CUACCCGGGUGAGGUCUGGGCCACAGGGAGAGACAGUAGGGCAUGGGGCCUGAAGACCCUCUCUCCUCCAGGCCUGCCGGACACCAUGCCCUCCCUGGGGACCCUUUGCAGCCUGCUGCUCUUCAGCGUGCUCUGGAUGGACUUGGCCUUGGCGGGCUCCAGCUUUCUGAGCCCUGAACACCAGAAAGUCCAGCAGAGAAAGGAGUCCAAGAAGCCGCCAGCCAAACUGCAGCCUCGAGCUCUCGAAGGCUCACUCCGCCCAGAAGAUACAAAUGAAGUGGAAGGGGCAGAGGAUGAGCUGGAAAUCCGGUUCGACACUCCUUUUGAUGUCGGAAUCAAGCUCUCUGGGGCUCAGUAUCACCAGCAUGGCCAGGCGCUGGGGAAGUUUCUUCAAGACAUCCUCUGGGAAGAGGCCAACGAGGCCCUGGAAGAUAAGUGAUCAGCCACAAGACCAACCCCACCUGUGUGUCCCGCAACCUUGGCAGCACUCACCUGCUUUUACACUGUUUCUGCAACAGCUCCCAGCUCUGAGUGGUAGACUAGC